CAUCAAUGGGGGACAAUCUCAGAUCUACUUAAAGGCAUGAAAUUAUUUUUGAAAAUGAUUACAAAACUAUCAGAAAAGUUGAGAAAGAUAGAAAAUAGUAUAUUUCUUUGGAAAUUAAAAAAAUGAUGAACCUAUCAAUACAAUAAUUAAACAAUUUAACUUAAUUUAGGUUCCUGAACAUUAUCCCCCAUGAAAAUUAUUAUUAAAAUUCUCAAAAUCCUAUUUUAAUUUAUGCUGAUCGUCAGAAGCAUCUAAUGAAAGAAAAUCAAUUAAAUAGUGAGAAUGCAAAACUAAUCGCCUUAUAAUUGGCCUUAUGUAUAUUUAGACUUAUAUAUAGUAUGUGCUGAGUUGUAAAACAGAAAUAUGCUGUUUUUUUUUAAUUCUAUUACUUAAUUAUAUUUGAUUGACAAUUAAGUAUAUGUUUCUUUAAUCGAGUAUGACUUCGGUUAAACAGAAGUUAGGCAAUCCCAACUCUAAAUAUUUAAAGAAUUUCUUCUGAAUUAAUUUUGUGAUAAGAUUCCCUAAUUGUAAGAUGUAUUACAUGAAAAUCAAUCUUUUGAGCCUAUUAUAGAUUUUCUGUUAAAUAUUAAUGGUAGGCUUGAUAUAAUUGAUCAUUUAAAUACUCCAUAUCAAAAUUUAUUGGGAUAUAUUUUUAAAGUUAAUGAGUUUAUAUCCAUAUAUGAAUUUAAUAAAUCUACAGUGAAAUCAUUUAUUAGACCUAAAAGUUUUCUUUAGGCAGAUGAAGCGAUCGAUAAUGAAUUAGUUUAUAAAACUUAGAGGUUUAAUUAGGGUGACGAAUAAAGUAUCUGUAGAGAGAUAGAAAUUUUGGAAAAAACAUAUAGAAGUUCUUAUUUUGUAGCCACAUUUGCCUAUUUGAGAAUAAAAUAAAAAGUGUUUUUUUUUAUGAGAAAAUAUGUAGGGACUCUAGCGGAAAACUUGGAGAUGUUAUAAAAUUUAAAUCAUGAACAACGAUAAAAAAUUGUCUUUUAAAUAUCAUAUAGAAUUUUAUAAGGUAUCUAUCAAUAUCCUACUUAGCCAUCUCGGAAAUGUAGAAAUUUAAGAUUAUUCAUAGGGACUUAAAACUUGAAAAUUUAUUCUUAAAUAAGCAGGAUUUAUAACAAACUUAAAUCCUAAUUGGCGAUUUUGAUUGUUCUAAAAUACUCCUCAAUCCAUAGAAUGAUUAUGAUAGAGAUAUGAGUAGAAACCAUUAGAGUAAUACUUUCAAGUACGAUGCUCCUGAAACAACAUAUUCCUUUAAAUAUGAUAUUUUCUAGUUUGGAUUGAUCACGUUAACUAUUGCAAAUUUAAAUGAGUAUAUUGGAAAUUCAAAUAUGGGUUGCAGAUAUAUUAGUGAGUAAGAGCACGAAUCUUUCUAUAGCAAAGAGUCAUUACUUCAAAAUUUGGUUCUUAAAUAAUACCCUCCAGAAUUUAUCGAGAUUCUUAGUAAAUGUUUAAAAAGAAAUCCUCAUAUAAGGCCAACAACUGAAGAACUGCUUAAUUAUAUUAGACCUUUAUAUUUCUUAAAAAGGAUAAGACUUCAAAAUACUGUAUAAUUAAUAAGUGAAGGAUAGACAAGACCAAAUCAGUUUGAACAGCGAUUAUUAUCACAAAAUCAAUAAUAAUAAUAAUAAUAGCCAUAGUAAUAAUAUUAGUAACAAUAGUAAUAACAUUAGUAAUAAUAAUAGUAAUAACAUUAGUAAUAAUAAUAGUAAUAACAUUAGUAAUAAUAAUAGUAAUAACAUUAGUAAUAAUAAUAGUAAUAACAUUAGUAAUAAUAAUAGUAAUAACAUUAGUAAUAAUAAUAGUAAUAACAUUAGUAAUAAUAAUAGUAAUAACAUUAGUAAUAAUAAUAGUAAUAACAUUAGUAAUAAUAAUAGUAAUAACAUUAGUAAUAAUAAUAGUAAUAACAUUAGUAAUAAUAAUAGUAAUAACAUUAGUAAUAAUAAUAGUAAUAACAUUAGUAAUAAUAAUAGUAAUAACAUUAGUAAUAAUAAUAGUAAUAACAUUAGUAAUAAUAAUAGUAAUAACAUUAGUAAUAAUAAUAGUAAUAACAUUAGUAAUAAUAAUAGUAAUAACAUUAGUAAUAAUAAUAGUAAUAACAUUAGUAAUAAUAAUAGUAAUAACAUUAGUAAUAAUAAUAGUAAUAACAUUAGUAAUAAUAAUAGUAAUAACAUUAGUAAUAAUAAUAGUAAUAACAUUAGUAAUAAUAAUAGUAAUAACAUUAGUAAUAAUAAUAGUAAUAACAUUAGUAAUAAUAAUAGUAAUAACAUUAGUAAUAAUAAUAGUAAUAACAUUAGUAAUAAUAAUAGUAAUAACAUUAGUAAUAAUAAUAGUAAUAAUAGUAAGAACAUUAAUAAUAAUAAUAGUAAUAUUAAUAGUAAUAAUAGUAAGAACAUUAAUAAUAAUAGUAAUAAUAGUAAUAACAUUAGUAAUAAUAAUAGUAAUAACAUUAGUAAUAAUAAUAGUAAUAACAUUAGUAAUAAUAAUAGUAAUAAUAGUAAGAACAUUAAUAAUAAUAAUAGUAAUAUUAAUAGUAAUAAUAGUAAGAACAUUAAUAAUAAUAGUAAUAAUAGUAAUAACAUUAGUAAUAAUAGCAAUAAUAAUAGUAAGAGCAAUAAUAGUAAUAGUAGUAAUAAUAAUUCUAAUAACAUUAGUUAUAAUAGUUUUAAUAGUUAUAAUAAUAAUAAUACUAAUAAUAAUAAUAAUAAUAAUAAUAAUAAUAAUAAUAAUAAUAAUAAUAAUAGUAGUAAGGAUAAUAGGUAUAAUUGUAAUUUUAACAAUAGGUGCUAGUAAAAGAAAACAAGAAUAAUGGAAUAAAAAUAUUCGAAUAAAUAUGA